AUGACAGACUCUUUGGUACAUGCUUUGGCUUCAGAUACACAAAUUUUGGCUUUCCAAUCUUUUGAACAUGCCGAAGAACUUUGUCUUCUUGGUGCUGAAUGGAUACAAAAAGCAGGCAUAUUAUUACAGAUAAGCCAAAGAUGCGUCUAUACCUCCCUUGUCUUAUUUCGUCGUUAUUGUACAUUAUGUCCUCCUAGGGCUGUAGAUUUAAACAUUUGUGUGAUGGCUUGUUUGUAUUUAGGGUGUAAAGCAACCGAAACCGAUGUUUCGUCCCAAGAUCUGUGUAAUAUAGGAAUCUAUUUGAAGGAGCAAUUCCUGAACCCAGAAAUAGAGUAUCAGAUUCACGAUUUGUUUAGCACUGAAAUGUAUACUACAAAAGGAAAAAUCAAUGAUAUGGAGUUGGAGAUUCUACGAGUUAUUGACUUUGACACCCAUACUGUAAUACCUCACAAAUUGGCCAUUCAUUAUCUACAGACGUUGGGAUUGAUCCAUGACGAACGCUUCACACAGUGUACGUGGAAUCUUUUGAACGAUUCUUUACAUACUUUACUCUGCGUUUCCGUUUUGCCUUUCGGAAUAGCUGUCGGCUGUAUCGCUCUAGCUAGCCGAGUUUUGAGUCGAAAAUUACCUCAGGAUUGGUAUCAGGUUUUUGAUAGUUCGGAAGAAGACUUGGAGUUAACAAAAACAUCCUUGGAGAGCUUUUAUAAAACUUCGGAUUCUUUGCAUGACAAAACUAGACCCUUAUUUACAGCAUCUUCAUAG